AUGGCGCCCAUCUCUACGUGGCUACACUUAGGGAAGGGAGACAACACCAGUGAAGCUUCACCAGCACCACCAGCAGCACCACCACCACCACCACCACCGCACGUCACCUGCACACAACCAUGGGCCUUUCAGGGCUUCCUGGUUGAUAUGUUGAACGUUCUUAGCUCACAGAUGAACUUCACGUAUACACUGUAUGAGGUGUGUGAUGGAGCGUAUGGUUCUGAGGUUAUUGGAAGGUGGACGGGGGUGGUGGGCGAGGUGGUGUAUUCCCACGCCCACAUUGGUCUUGCUAACCUGGGUGUGAACUACGCCCGUAGUAGCGUCGUCACCUUUCCCAGAAUUUCCACUAGCUACGGCGGCGCAGGUAUAGUGUUCCACCGACUACACAAGAAUUGUUCAAGCAACCUUGCUGUAUAUUUCCUGCCCUUCUCCAUCAACGUGUGGGCGUGUAUUUGUGUGAGCGUGCCCGUGGCUGCUCUAGCUAUACACCUCACUACACGCCCUCGCUCCAGCCUGCGGGUGUGGCUACACAGGCGACAACACAGGAAGAGAUGCCAUCAGCAAGGGGUUCACCUAACUCAAGUUUUCAACACUACUGCACCGUCAGUACUGGGGCAGCACCCGACACCUCGGCCUUCCAUACACAGCCUCCAGCAGCAGAACACACUGAAGGCUGGAAGGAAAGACAAAACAGAGACAAGCCUAAAACUGGAUGACAGAGGACGAGAGAGGAAAGAGGAGGCUGUGUCAUUCUUCAACGGUGUGUGGUUCGCUGCUACAGUUCUCAUGCAGCAAGAUUUAGUUUUGGAACCUUUGUGCUUAGAUGUUAGAUCAUUAUCUGGUAGAGUAGUGUAG